CCCAAUUGGGGUAAAUGAUGAUCCGAACGUCACAAAAACAUUAUAAAGCCCUAAAAAGAAAAUUAAGCUCACUGAAAAUUCCCGCGUCCCCAUAUUGGGAGAGCCAGUUACCACGCCCGAUUCACUCACCUCAAAUCCAGGCCUCGUCAAAUCUCGUGCUAUGCCCAGUGUGGCGAGUAUCCCACCACCUUACUCCUCCGAUUCUAGGGUUUAAAAAUUUCUCCAAAAAACCCGGUGAAAAAGCUCGUACAAAACUCGGCGAGUGCGUGGUUAGGUCUUCCGGCCGGCGAUGAAGACGACGCAACUGUUCAAAGGUUCCAACGUCUUUAUGUCUCGGAAUCUGGUGCCUCCUGAAGUCUUCGAUACACUUCUCGAUGCUUUCAAGCUCAACGGUGCCGAAAUCUUCCUCUGCUGCGACCCCUCUCGGAGCGGUCCCUGCGAUUUUCAUGUCAUCGCUUCUCCCGGCCAUGAGAAAUUUAAGGAUCUUAAAGCCAAGGGUUGUACCUUGAUAGGUCCGCAAUGUGCGCUCUCCUGUGCAAAAGAGGGUAGACCGCUGCCACAAGGGGGAUUCACUUGUUGCCUAGCUAUGGAUGGUCUGAAAGUUCUUGCUUCUGGUUUUCUGAUGGAUGAGAAGGCCAAGAUCAAGGAGUUGGUUACUUCCAUGGGGGGAGUUUUACUUUCCAGAGCUUCUUCUGAUGUCAACUUCGUCAUCGUGAAAAAUGUCUUGGCUGCUAAGUACAAGUGGGCUCUGAAUACUCAGAAGAAGCCAGUUGUUACGCUGAAUUGGUUACAUCAGUGUUGGAAUGAGCACCGUGUGGUUCCCCUGGAACCAUAUAAAAUCCCCCCUUUUUCUGGAUUGACAAUCUGCGUCACAAGAAUUCCAGGAGAUGAGCGUAAGGGAAUGGAGAAAGUAAUUUCAGAAUAUGGAGGGAGAUACUCUGCUGAGCUAACAAGGAGUUGUACUCACUUGAUCGCUGAUGUUGCUGAAGGUGACAAAUACAAAGUUGCUCGGAAAUGGGGUCACAUUCAAAUUGUCACACGGAAAUGGUUUCAGCAGUCCAUCGAUAGAAAAGUUUGUCUCAAUGAAGAGUCAUUUCCUGUUCUCAGCUCCAUACCCUUGACAAGAGGGUUGCGAGAUUCAGGAAUCCAUAAUGGUCAAGGAAAGUUUCCUUUGCCUGCAGCUGUGUCUGUGUCUGUGGCAGAUUCAAAUGCUUCUUGUGCUCAGUCUAGAGACUCAGAUACAGAACCUUCUGCCUCACAAGAUAUUUUUUCCACUUCUAUGAAUCCCAGUACCGAUGUUAAAGAACCAAGUGAAGGCCUAAGUACAAGUCCACAAGAGCAAGAUAUUGAUGGUUGUACUGCCAGGGAUUCAGAAUCCGAAGACAAUGACCUGUACUUAUCAGAUUGUAGAAUUUUCUUGCUUGGUUUUGAAGCUUCUGAAAUGCGUAGACUUGUUAAGUUGGUCCGUAGAGGUGGUGGAUCCCGGUAUAUGCUGCUCAACGAACGAAUGACUCAUAUUGUUGUUGGAACUCCUUCAGAAAGAAUAUUCAUUUACAGUGAGAAAAGAGAGGCAAGGAGUAUUGCAGCGUCUGGUGUCAUUCAAGUAGUCACACCCAGUUGGCUUGAAGAUUGUGAUUGUGAGAAAAAAGAAAUUCCAGUUCGUGAAAUAUAUACUGCUCGCCACUUGAUUCUUCCAAGAGAUUCUGCAUGCUUGACCAAGGGAUCAUUUGCAGGGAUGUCAAGUAUGGAACAGGGUAAAAAUACUCUCGGUCAGAACAUGGCAUAUGAUUCAUCUUCAAGGAGUAUCAAUGUCUCAAAUGAGCAAGCAGCUUUGCUGGGAAACAAAGAAGCAAUGCAGGAAUGUGGCAGGAAUGAUGAGAUUCAUGCGGAAAGAACAAUUGUAUCACCCAAGCAAAAAGAAACAUCUAUUUCCCUUGUAACUAGUAAACGCGAAGAGCAACGGAGUAUUCAAUGUGAAUUCAGUGGUCAGAACAACCAAGAAAGAAAGUCAUAUGUAUUUAAGGGAAAGACAUUUUGUUUCUCGCAAUCUUUUCCUGAAGAUAGGCGACCUGAAAUCGUGGAAUGGGUUAAUCAAGGUGGGGGAGAAGUGGUGGUAAAUAAUCCUUUGAUAAAUAGCGCAGAUUUUACUAUUGAAUGCCAUGGUGGGUUCCGAAGUGCCGGGACUACCCAAAUUAGCUAUGUCUCAAGUCAUUGGGUUCGAUCUUGUUUAGAGGAUGGUUGUUUACUUGCUGUUAGUAGUCAUAUCCUCUACUCACCUCUUCCCUGCCAGACACCUUUGCCUGGAUUCGAAAGCCUUUGCAUUUGUACUUCCCAAUAUGAAGAGAAGGAUAUAUCACUCCUGUUAAAUUUGUUUUAUGUACUUGGAGCAAAAUUUGUGAGAAAACUAACCAGGAAAGUGACCCAUUUGCUAUGCAACUAUGCAAACGGACUUAAGUAUGAGACAGCUUCCAAUUGGGGAAUAGUUAUUGUGACACCUGACUGGGUUUAUGAAUGUGUUAGGCAGAAUCAAGUUGUUUGUCCAGACAACUUCCAUCCAAAGGAAUUGACCACUCAAGACAGAGAAGCAGGUUCUGGCUUCGCAAGUCAAUUUCAAACACAAUUUGCGCCAAUGCCCUCAAGGGACAAUGUGUCUCUACUUGUAAGCCACUCUGAAGACAGGGGAAAAAGUCAAAAUUGUGCUGGUAAAAAUUUCUGCGGUAAAGCUGAAGUAAAUAACAGACUUGGAGAGAUUGGAAGGGAACAGACUUUUCCGUCUAAGAAGGCAAAAAUUUUCAGAGAUGAUCAUGCAAGUAAUGUGUUUCCUGUGGGAGAACAUCCAAGCAAUUGUGACCGCCCUUCGAAGUCUGGAGAAGGCAAUGUCUCUGGAAAUGAUGUAGCAAGUAGUCGUGAAGUUCCAGAUGUGGCUGAUACUAUUGAGGAUCUGUUGGAGCAGACUAGUAAAAUUCAAGAUAAGAAAUCUCCUGGGAGGAUUUCAGAAAACACUUUUUUUUCAACUAGUGAACAUUACAAUACCGGAAAUCACUCUGUCACUGGGCUGUCUAGACACUGGAUAAACAGAGUCCAUAAGAAUGACGACAUGGGCAGCCAUCCAGGGGAUGUAACUACAGGCACUUACGGAAACUUUAGUGAAACACAGACAGAAUCGCAGGUUGUUAGUUACGAGGAAGAUCAUUCAGGAAGGCAGAUGCUUAUAGACAGAGUUAGAACACGAAGCAGCUUAAUGUAAAAUAAAACAAGGGGAGGUGCUCGCUGAGAUAGAAACAUCAAACUUGUGUCAGUGGAUUGAUGAGAAGUCCAGUGUAAUGUUGCAUAAAAACCAUUAAAGCAACAGCAGCCACAUCAAACAAAAUCCAUAUGCAGCUCACAGUUUUCUUUUGACAAAGUACAGUUAGAUCACCGAGAGAAUAUCUGGUGACUAACGUGAGGUAAAUAAUGUUUGUAUCCCGAUUCAGGUUAGCUCGAGCAUUAUCAAUUUGUUUAUCUGAGUUGUUCUUGUAACUUGUUAAAACAUUUCAGAGCAAUUUGAGAAUAAUCGCUUAAAUUA